AUGCUGGCCCCAAAGGUGGCGCCAGCGGAGCGGGAGGUGGUAACCAACCACUGGGCAGGAGAGGAGCCCGAGCCGGUGUCGGCAGUGCCCCGGAUCGGCCGAGUCAAAGGAUCGGCCCGGCGCUUCACGCUGCGGCACAUGCGCCCCAAGACCGCGGAGGUGGCCUCGCCCGCCGCGGCGGCCAGCAAGGGCUUCGCCAGCAACCACCCGGCGCGGCGGUUUAGACCCGGGGAGGGGGAUCCUGGACGGGGGUUGGGGCGGGAGGGCGAGUCCUAG